GGGUCCCAUCGCGGGGAUCUCGCUAGCGGCCCCGGCUCGGCCCCCGUGGCAGGGGGCGCUCCUGCGUGAUCGUGGCGGCUGUAUAGCUUGGGAGCUGCUUGCCCCGGAACGCUGCGGUGCCUGACGUUCGGUCCCCGGAACGCUGCGGUGCCUGGCGUUCGGCCCGUGGAACGUUGCGGCGUUCGGGGCGGGGAACUGGAGUUCGGAGCUGCGAACGUCGGCGCCAGCGGGGGCUCGGCCCAGUCGUGAUGAGCGGCGCUGGGGCUCCGGGGGGUCGGGGCCGCCUCCGGACGUACCCCGCGCUGCCUGUCUGGGUCGUGGAGGAUCAUCACGAUGUUCUGCCUUUUAUUUAUCGUGCCAUUGGUUCAAAGCAUCUUCCUGCCAGUAACAUCAGCUUUGUUCAUUUUGACUCUCAUCCCGACCUCCUUAUUCCUGUAAAUAUGCCGGCAGAUACUGUCUUUGACAAAGAAGCUCUGUUUAGUGAGCUCAGUAUUGAGAACUGGAUUAUGCCUGUUGUUUAUGCUGGCCAUAUUUCUCAAGUGGUAUGGCUCCAUCCAAUCUGGGCUCAGCAAAUCAAAGAAGGAAGACAUGAUUUUUUAGUCGGUAAAGACACAUCUACCACCACAAUAAGGGUUACAAGUACAGAUCAUUACUUUCUAAGUGAUGGUCUUUAUGUUCCUGCUGAUCAGCUAGAAAACCAGAAGCUUUUACAUUUGAAUGUCCUUCUAGUUAAGCCCUCUGAAACAUCCAAACAACAAGACGACAAAAAUGAAGCAUCUUCUGCUAAGAAACUGAAGUUAAAUGCAGAAGAUACAGCAAACACUGCUACUCCCACUUCAUCACAAGGACUGGAAAUUGUUGGCCAUUACUUAACAGAUACAAAGGCUCCUGGAGAUGAAGAGAACGCAUGUGCACAAGAUAAAACAGAAACGUUCUUAGAGUCCUCAGCUUCCUGCUCUCUUGGAAGCAAUGGAUGUAAACCUAUAGAGAUGGUUAAUGAUGUUCUUCAAGUAGUACAGAAAGGAGAUGCAUACGUUUUAGAUAUUGACUUAGAUUUUUUUUCCGUUAAGAAUCCAUUCAAAGACACAUACACCCAGGAAGAAUACAAGAUCUUGCAAGAGCUGUACAGUUUUAAGAAGCCGAAUACCAAUUCCACAGAGGAGGACUUGUUAGACUGUGUUGAAAAUCGUAUCCAUCAGUUAGAAGAUCUGGAAGCAGCUUUUGCAGAUUUAUGUGACAAAGAUGAUGAGGAGACUCUGCAAAAAUGGGCCUCAUAUCCUGGAAUGAAACCCCUGGUUCAACUUGUGCAUAGUUUGAAAAACCGAAUGGAUACUCCUGACUAUGAAAUGGUUCAUCAGGCUGGUCUUACCUGUGACUAUUCUGAACUUCCCCACCAUGUUAGCACGGAAAAGGAGAUAGAGGGCCUCAUGCAAUCUGUUAAGCAUCUUUUGAAAAACAUACCCAAACCUACACUUGUGACAAUUGCUCGAUCAAGUUUGGAUGACUAUUGUCCUUCAGAGCAAGUAGACUUCAUUCAAGAAAAUGUUCUGAAUGUUCUAAGCUCAGUGUAUGGUGUUCUGGACAUUCAUUUAGAAUAUGCAGCAGAUUCAUCUUCUGCAUGAAUGGACUCUCCAUACCCUCCUCUAACUCAGCAGCAUUACAUACACAAUUCAAAUAUUCCCAUGAGAUUGCUAUGCUGUGGAAAUAUCUUGUACUGAAAGCAGUCCCAUGUCCUUUGCCCCCAGAACAACUUCCAUACAAGCAGGAAUUCAUUAUACACAAUUUCACAGUAAGGAGAUGCCAAUAUUUUUAUGUAUAUCGCUCUCUGACAUUUGCUAUCUGGACUAUUUAAUUCACCAAAACCAGUAUAUUUUUGAGUCUUAUAUUAGCUAUAUUUGAAUGGGGAGGGGAAAAAAACUUUUUAUAUUACAGCAGAUGGCACUAGAAACCAAGAUAGUAAAGAGAGUUAAAUUUUAAGCGCACCCUGCCUUUGUUGCAUUGAUUUCUUAGAAAGCUGUACCUGAAAUGUCAUCCGCUUUUGUGUUGGUCACUGAUUAGACUUUGGUUUUUGGCUCCAAAUUAAAUAUGGUACAUAGUUUACUAGACUACUUUCUAAAAACUAGUAUUAUGAGGAGAAACUAUUAUGUUUAGUCCACAAAGGCUGUAACAGAAUUAGACACACAUUUGAAACACCUAUUAAACCUAUUAGCUUGCUUUUUCUUAUUUUUUAAAUAAAUAGAUUUCCCAUAUUUUAGUAAAGCAUGGGUUGAAAUGUAAUAGAAAUUUGUUAAACCCAUAACUGAAACCAGUAUCAUGAUGCGUUAACUACAAUUGCCAGUAGUGGCAUUAUUUGCUCACUCGGUGACUUUUGUUCCUUCCCUGUGCUGGAGAUAAUCACUUUUCCAUUUUACCUAUGUAGCCUGCCUUCUAUUGAAUUUUCCAAUAACUUAAUCCCCUUAUGCAGCAAGGCACUUUAUUGGCAGCCAAUGCAACAUCUCAGAAAUGCAGCCAUAUCUAUAGAGGACAGUUGCAGUCAGUCAGUAAAGGUGAGAGAAAGGGGAAACUUUGAUCAGGGAUUUUGUGAUAGCCACUGCUGCAACAGUGUUAUGAAAUUCCAGCAUCCACAAAAAAGCUUAUUUUCUUAAAAUUUAAUCUUACGCUAUUUUUCCUUUGGAAGUAGGUAUCUUAUACAAAUAUGUUUUAGUACCCAUUACAUUUAGGGGUGGGGGGGCAUGACAUUUUGGCCUCAUUGAACUCAGUGGCAAAAUAUACAUUGCCAAAAUUUUACUAACAUAUACUGAUAUUCAUACGUAUAGCACAAAGACUGUCUCUAGCCACAUAUGUACUCAUUUCCAUACCUAGCCAGAAAAAAGUGUCAUUUUCACAACAAUUUAUAAUUAACUGUAGUUCAAGAGGAAAUGGCCAUCUCCAGAAUGAAAAAGAGACGAGGCUUCAUCUGGGACUGAUAUGGAAAUGGGGAAGUGAGAACAUGAAGACAACCACUGGUAUAUAUAUAUGAAGAUUUUUGUGAAUAAAUAUUGUUUGUGGUGUUUUGAAAGAGAA